GAAAGAUAGUCUCAUUAAAUUUAGCAGUGUCUAAAAAUUACUGAAUAAUGGCUGCCUCAUUUGCAUGGCCUAGAGCUAUUCCAGCAUCUGGCUGGUAGUUCAAAUUCGAGGCCUGCCAAUUUGAGUUUAGACACUUUCUUUCCCUUCUUGAUGCCAAAACCUAACUUUGUUUGGUUUAGAAGGGAAAGAAAGAAAACAUUUUGAGGGAAGUCGAAGUCGAUCGAUUCAUUUGGAAUUUUGUAUAUUUGUUUUCUGAAAUCUGCAAAUGAGCGCAAUUUCUGGUUGCCUCUCGAGGCAUGUGUUUCCUGCAUGCGAUAGCCUUUGUUUCUUUUGCCCUGCAAUGAGGACAAGGUCUAGACAACCAAUCAAGAGGUACAAGAAAAUUAUGGCUGGUAUUUUUCCUCGAAACCAGGGAGAUGGACCAAAUGAACGGAUGAUAGGAAAACUAUGUGAAUAUGCUGCUAAAAAUCCUUUGCGCAUCCCAAAGAUGGCAGAUUCGCUAGAACAAAGAUGUUACAAGGAAUUGAGGAAUGAGAACUAUCAAUCUGCAAAAAUUGUGAUGUGCAUUUACAAGAAAUUGCUGAUAUCUUGUAAGGAGCAAAUGCCUCUGUUUGCAAGUAGCUUACUCAGCGUCAUGCAUAUUCUAUUGGAUCAAACACGGCAGGACGAACUACAAAUUAUAGGAUGUGAGGCUCUCUUUGACUUUGUUAAUAAUCAGAUUGAUGGAACUUAUAUGUUUAAUUUAGAAGGAUUUGUUCCAAAGCUGUGUCAAUUAGCUCAAGAAGUGGGAGAAGUUAAAAGGGCACGAGGUCUACGUUCAGCAUCACUGCAAGCCCUUUCUUCCAUGGUUUGGUUUAUGGGUGAACACUCCCAUAUUUCGGUGGAGUUUGACAAUAUAGUUUCAGUUGUAUUGGAAAACUAUGGAGAUCAAAAGCUGGAAGACUGUGGAGAUAUUAAGAAAAAUUGUGAGAACGUGGACACAGACAAGGAAGGUCCUCAGGAUAAGUGGGUACAAGAAGUGCUAAAAAAUGAAGGCCAUCCAAUUCAAGACAGUUCAGCUGAAGUAAUCAGAAGGAUUCCUUCUUGGAGAACAAUUGUAAAUGAAAAAGGAGAAGUAAAUGUGACAGCGGAAGAUGCUUGUAAUCCCACAUUUUGGUCCGGCGUGUGCUUGCAUAACAUGGCCCAGCUAGGCAUGGAGGUCACAAACAUUCGGCGUGUAUUGGAGUCUGUGUUCCGCUACUUUGAUUGUUCAAAUCUCUGGUCUCUUGACUAUGGUCUUGCUUUCCCAGUCUUAAAAGAUAUGCAGUUUUUAAUGGACGAUUCUGGGCAAAAUCCACACGUUCUGCUGUCCACACUGAUUAAGCAUCUUGAUCACAAAAAUGUCCUUAAAGAACCUGACAUGCAGCUCGAGAUUGUUGAGGUUACAACCUCUCUUGCUAAAAAUGCAAAGGUUGAAUCUUCUGUUGCAAUAAUCGGUGCAGUGAGUGAUCUUAUGAGGCAUUUGCGGAAGAGCAUACAUUGCUCACUUGAUGAUACAGAUCUGGGAGCUGACGUAAAACAAUGGAACAAAACCUUUAGAGAAGCGGUGGAUAAAUGCCUUGUAGAAUUAACGUCUAAGGUUGGAGAUGCGGGCCCGAUCCUUGAUGUUAUGGCUGUGAUGUUGGAGAAUAUAUCUACAAUUACAGUUAUAAGCAAAACAACAAUUUCAACAGUUUAUCGAACUGCUCAAAUUGCAGCUUCAAUACCAAAUUUGAUGUAUCAAAACAAGGCAUUCCCCGAGACUUUAUUUCAUCAGUUAAUCCCAGUUAUGCUCCAUCCUGACCAUGAAAUACGAAUUGGAGCCCACCGCAUCUUUUCUGUUGUUCUAGUGCCAUCUUCAGUUUCCCCUUGUAGUUCCUCACCUAAUUCUGAAUCAAAGAAUGGCUUUAAUCGUAGAACGCUUUCAAGAACUGGUACUGUCUUUUCUUCCUCAGCUGCUCUUUUUGAGAAGCUAAGGAAAGAGAUGACCUCCUUCAAGGAAAGGUCUCACCAAGACAACAAAGAAAAUGUUGUAGAGGGUGAAAAAAUGAGAAACGGUAGAAUUAAUAGUUUGAAGUUCUCAUACAGUAUUAAGAAUUCUCUUGGACCUACAACAACAGAUGAAAAUCCAGAGAGCAGUAAGGAAACAGAAGCUGGUUGUCUAAGGCUGAGUAGCCGUCAGAUUAGCCUGUUGCUGACAUCAAUUUGGGCACAGUCCAUUUGUCCAACAAAUACACCUGAAAACUAUGAAGCAAUUGCUCAUACAUAUGCCCUGGUUUUGAUAUUCUCUCGAUCCAAGAAUUCCAGUAACGAGUCUUUAAUUCAAAGCUUUCAGCUUGCGUUUUCCUUAAGAAAUAUAGCUCUUAAUGGAGGGUCACUCUCACCAUCACAGCGUAGAUCCCUCUUUACUUUGGCAACUUCAAUGAUUUUCUUUUCUUCAGAAGCAUACAAUAUUGUCCCACUUGUUAAGUGCGCCAAGGUGGUGCUUACAGAAAAAAUGGUUAAUCCAUUUUUACACUUGGUUGAUAAGAAGUUGAAGGCUGUUAAUCCUGGAUAUGACCAUUCCUCAAAUAUUUAUGGAUCUAAGGAGGAUGAUGAUUCGGCUUUGAAGUUUCUUUCAGAAAUCAACAUUACAGGAAACCAAAGCAGGGAAUUCUUUGCUACUGAGAUUGUCAAGCGCUUGGAAAAUUUUCCCGAUUCUGAACUGUCCAUUGCACGCGAGCAACUCCUCAAUGAAUUCUCACCUGACGAUGUGUGUCAACUGGGAGGGCAGUUUAUGGAUGCUCUACGCAAAACAGAACGGGAUGAUUCGUUGGCAAGUAUAGAAGAAGUUUUUGUAGAUCCUGUAGAAGGUCAAGCAAAAGCUGAUAAUGAGUUGGUUUCCGAAGAUCCCAAUCUUAUAAGCGUCAAUCAGAUUCUGGAAUCAGUCUUGGAUGCAGCACAUCAAGUUGAGAGAAUGUCUGUAACUGCACCUGAUUUGCCUUAUAAAGACAUGGCCGAUCACUGUGAGACACUUCUAAUGGGAAAGCAAAAGAGGAUGUCUAAUGUGAUGAGUAGCGAAAUGAAGCAAGAGGAAAGUUUGAUUCUCUUCUCUCCGAAGAAUCAUGGCGAGGAGGCAAUGGUGGCUAGAAAUCCUUUCCUUGACCUCAACUUCACUGAAAGCUCGAAAAGCUUGUCUGUUGGGACUAUUCCAAUGCAAUGUGCAACAGAACAUCAGCAGAACUCCGACUUAUUCAAGCUACCAUCGCCAUGCCCGUACGAUAACUUCCUGAAAGCUGCUGGUUGUUGAACCUAAUGAAGCAUAUGAGAACAGCACUUCUUCCUUAACUAGACAAGAAACUUUCAGUAUUCAAGUAAACAAGCAGUUCAAAGUGUGCAGGCCUUGCGGCUACAAGAAUCCGCCGUUCGAAGAACGCAUUUUAGUGUAUGUAAGAAGAAGCACAGAUGCAAACAGGAUUUGUUGAGUUUGUUGAAGUUUUCUAAUUAAAUUCUUUAAUCUUACUUGCUUGUUUGUCUUUGCAAGAUUUUGAGCUGCAAUUUGCCAUUGCCUUCUUCUGUACUAGCAGUUCGAAAUUCUUCGCCAUGUGAGAGCUUCCGAUCAAGGAUUCAUUCCUUUUGAUGUGUAAAGAACGGUUAUAUGUUAAUGUCUAAUUCUUUCCAUCAAUGCAAUGGGAUAGAGUAUGUAAAAUUCCAGACUUAUGACUUAAAUAUAUUAUUAUGGGUUAGAACUUGUACAUUUUUUUAUACGUUUUUAAUAUUUUAAAUUUCAAAUCAUACUAAAAAUAUUAGUAAUAUGUAAGAAUAUAGAAAUAUUUAUUACUUUAAUGUAAUACUUUUAACAUUUGUAAUUUUAUUUAAAGUUUAAAAAAUAUAUAAUUGAUUCAAAGUUAGUAUGAAAAUUUAUAUAUAUAUGAUGUUCCUGGCUUCCUUUGUCCCUCAAGACCAACAAAGGGGAAUUGCAAAUAUUUUUAUCCUGAUUUUAGGCUCUGAUUCAUCCUUCAUGAUGAACUUUACAGGGUCUAGUAGUAAAAUUCACAUUUCAUGAUUGCUACUUGGCUAAACAUAUUAGGGUAGAUACAAGUAUUUGAUAACUUCUUAGCUAAGUCUCUCUCUAGUUUCCAUCUACAGAGAGAAUCACUUUUUCUUCUGCCUAGGAGAUAGCUCCCCGUUUACCAUCAUUUCAUCGACUCCUUUCUAUCCCGUCCGGGCAGAGGCAUGCCUCUCCCUUUUUGAAGAAUGGUGAAUAACCUGGGCGAUUGAUCUUGUUUGCUUGGAGCCACCUGCGUGUGAUGAUCAAACGCUAUGUUUUCUUUGGAUGGUGCUUUAUAGAUCCGCAAAGAGAGACCGGUUUUUAGGGAUGGGUACCUCUUGGAGUCUUGUACUAGGUUUGCACACCAUAAAUAGUGACCACCCUUAAGGUUUAGAUCUACCGAAGAGCUCUGCUCAUCACUCCUUCCCAGUUAUGCUGAAAUUGUUGGUUCUUCUUCUCUUAGAUUUGUCAUGCCUUGGCUUGUUUGUCCGGAUGCUCAAACCCUGUUUUUCUGUUCUGGUUUGUUUCUUCUGUGAUGGGUUCUAUUGGUUUAUUGCUUGUAACAAAGGAGGUAUUAUAAGGCGUUCUGGUCAUAGGUUUCUAAAGUUUUCCAUCUUGUUUUGAGGCUUGGGGAUGACCUAGUUUUCUAUAUUUUGCUCUCUGUUGCUUUUCAUUGUUGUAUUUUUCUUCGUUGGAAACUAAAGAUGGUUGGCUUCUCAAUCUAGAAAGGAUAGCAGAGAUGAUGUUAGGCUCGACAAUCCUGGUUCAGCUAGCUGUAGAUUUUUUAUGUCUGGGGCUUGGGCAUCUUGUUAGGAGCUUUUGUUUUGUGUUUGAUUGGCUUCAGAAGCCUCUUCAACCUUAGUUGUAAUCCAUAUGCUUUUGAGCUUUGAGCCCAUUAUUAAUGAAAUCAUUUUAUCUUU